ACACAGUCUGCUGUAGUUAGCCACCACCAUUGGCUCCCUAUCGCCAGUUUUAUUGCCAAUAGCAGUGAUGUUAGAACGUGGCAAUGAGCAGGAACAAAGGAAUCACAUUCUGCAGGAUCUGUCGCUGCAAAAUAUACUGACGAGUUUGACAAGCGGUUAGCGCCGACUUCUGUUUCAUCAGUGUAAAUAUAUGGAGGUGAUACCUUUUAUUGGGACCCGGUUCACGCGGACAUAAAUCAAGAGAGUCGUCUCUCUCCACAUCCACAGACACUUUGCAUUACAAAUGGCGUGCAUAAACAUGUACAGCCGUGUGCAUCCCAGCAGCAAUAAAGACAUAAAGCGCCACUAUGAUGAGGCACUAUGUGUGCCUGCAGGGAUAAAUGAAUGGGUGGAGGAUAUUGAAAGGGCCAAACAGGCAGCCAAAUGUACACUCUGCUUCAGUCAACACUGGACAGACGAGCACAUUCAGACGCACACACCCCCACUGUUUGUUGUCCUGAAAGGGGGUCGUUGUCACUGCCUCCGUCCGCACACACACUCAUCUCUAACCUCCACAAAGUGGGGCGCGAAAUAUGCAGACACUGAUCCCACACACACACACACAUUGUAAGCAAGGGGAGGGUAGCCCGGGUUAUAUAAAUAAGUGGAACACAGAAAACAGAUCCACGGGCAGAUGGGUGCGAUCAACAACGACACCACGUUGGGAUUACAACAAAUUGCGUAGAUCAACGGGAACGAAGUGAAGCGAAAAGGAGCAAACACCUGAAGGAGCUGAGCAGGGAUCGACUGCAUGACUGAAGGAAGGAGGAGGAGAAGUGAAUAGAGCACACACUGUCCUGCAGUCCGUCUGCCGCCACACCUGCCGGACCUGCCGGACCUGCCGGACCUGCCGGACCUGCCGGACCUGCCGCACCCGGCUCGCUGCCACGCCUCUAACUCAGAGGCCUUUUCUCAGGCCAGUGGAGCGGUGAAGUCGGCAAUGAUCCGCUUUGGGCUUCGCCGUUAGAGCUCGUUGUGUUCCAGUGGCACGGAGGAGGGGGGGGGGAGAGGGGGGCGAUGCCCUUUGUUCCGUGAAUCCGCAGAGAACUCGGCCCGGCUCUUAAACGGAGCACACUUUCGGAUCAGCGUCUACGGGCGAGUGCACCCAGUGGGGCGGAAAGGAGGAGCGAGGCAGGUCGAUGCUGCACGAUUAGCGCCGUCUGAUAGCAUGUGAUUAGUGUCCAAAGGGAGCAUGUCAAAAAGUCCCUGUCCAUUCACAGUCUUUGCAUGAGCAAAAGAGUUGCAGCAUCCGAGCGAGUAAUGGGAGGAUACGCGGCGUGAGCAAUGUGCAGGCCUCCGGGGUGAAGUAUCGAACUGAAAAAAAAAUAUCUCUGGAACUGACGUGUCCGACUGCACUUUGCUCGAGUUAUUCUACGCAGGGCGAGCGCUUCCAGCCUGAAGCACAGAGCGGCACUCCAGCCCGAUGGCUUUUAUUUAACCUCCGCUAUCUCCAGAUGAGUCGUAGUAAGAGGCUCCGUCUCUCCAGAGGCUCAGAGGAACAUUGAAUUCUUUCAGUCCGGUGAAAAAAAAAAAGCCGGCUUGAUUGAACAUCGUUGCUCUGGAAUUCUCUGUCCUCACGGUCACAACAACGUUGGCAGCUGUGGUUCCACAGUCAGCAUUCGACCCCUGACUGAAGUGUAGUGUUAUUGACGUGCUCGGUUUCCCAAAGCGGCGUGCGGUUUGACCUGAGGCGAGCCGUGCGUCGUGGUGGUUGGUGUUGAUGUCGCCUCUCACAGCUAACUCAGCUCCCGAUUGGACUCUGCAGGACACACUUGCCGAUGAGCUCAUUGAGCUGGCUCUUAUUUGGUGUAUCGGAUAGCUUUACUAAAUAAUCUUUUCUUUUUUUCUGGCAGGUCUGCUUUGGCAGCGUCUUGGUAUUGGCUUUGCGGUUCAUUGAUCUGAGUAUUUGGUCCCCGGCGGCUCGCAGUAGCAGAAAGCAGAGCAAAGCCCAGCAGUGUUUGCUCAGAUGGGCCUGAGCUCCUGCGCUGCUUUGUAGUAGCGAGACCUCGGCACCUUGUGAGUCCUUUCUGAGGAGCACGGGGAGCUAAAGUGGAACUUUGUGUGGUUGUGAACUGAUCUCGGCUGAUGUAGUCUGUUCGUAGCCCUGAGCUCUGACCAAGUGUCUGUGUUGUUGCAUGCGAGACCUUUUGGAGACGCCUGCAAUCCACCUGUAUGUCACGCUGCAGCCGCUCGCUGCCUUGUGAUGCGGCGGAGAACAUAAGAGGACACAAGAGUCUUUAAGGUCGCAGAGGAGGCGUCCAUCAAACGUGCACAUCCACACACCUUCGGACCUGCACACACAGCCCCCCCCCCGGGGCACAAUGAGGGAGGUCCGGGGCUCUGUCCUCCCCCCUGUCCCUUUUUCUCUGGCGCUACGCAGCUUGGUCCUGGUCCUGCUCUGCAGCACUCCUCGUUGCCAGGCGGUUCAGGCGGAGAACGUGACCGUCCUGGAGGGAGGCACAGCCGAGAUCUCCUGCCGCCUGCAGAACUACGACGGGUCGAUCGUGGUGAUCCAGAACCCCCGCCGCCAGACCCUCUUCUUCAACGGCACGCGAGCCCUGAAGGACGACCGUUUCCAGAUGGUUCUCUUCUCGCCGCGGCUGGUGCGCAUCGAGUUGACCAACGUCAGCGUGUCGGACGAGGGCGGCUACUUCUGCCAGCUCUACACGGACGCCACGCACCACCAGGUGGCGACGCUCUCCGUCUCGGUGCCGCCGGAGACGCCCACGGUGGAGGUGAAGCAGGAGGCCGUGGAGGGCGGCGAGGUGACGCUCGCCUGCGUGUCGCCGCGCAGCAAGCCGGCCGCCACCCUGCGCUGGGUCCGGAACGGCCGCGAGCUCCCAGGUGUGGUGUCUCAGCAGGACAACAUGAAGACGUUCAGCGUGUCCAGCACCAUCCGGAUCCCGGUGGAGAGGAAGGACAACGGGGCGGCGCUGAGCUGCGAGGCUCUGCACCCGGCGCUCGCCGGCCAGAGGAAGAUCCGCCACUACCGCCUGGAUGUGAACUUUGCACCAACAGUCAGAAUCGUUCCUCCCGCCGGCAUCCUGCGAGAAGGCGACUCGCUCAGCCUCACCUGCUCAGUCUCCGGGAACCCUCUGCCCAGGAACAUCCAGUGGUCCAAGAUCAACGAAUCCCUGCCCGAGAGGGCGGAGAUCUCCGGCCCCACCUUCCAGAUCUCCCGUCUCAGCCAAUCACACAACGGCACGUACCUGUGCCAGGCCCAGAACGACUACGGGCGCGCCGCCGACCACUACAGCCUGCUGGUGUACGGUGAGCCGAGGGCGGGGCCAUUCUCUGUUUACACUCCAUUUUUUGCGGGGGGGAGGGGGGGGGGGGUUUGUUGGGAGGAAUAACGUUUUAUCGAUCCUUUCGUCUUCUGUCUUUGGCGUCUGGCUUCUUCAGGUCGACAGAACCACAAAAUCAGAAUUUGUUUUGUCCCCCGAUUCGGAAACACAGCAGGAAACAAAUCAAUUCAGCACAGGUAUCGAUUCCCGGAGGAGACGUAGGCCACCGUGCUCAGGUGUCUGCCCCCCCCCCCCCCAGGUGUCCCCUUGGGAAUCCAAUCUUCAGAGUAACGUUAACAGUCCAGAGGUGAUAAAUACACAUUUGAAAUGUUUUACCCCGAGGUUUUCAUUAAAGAUUCAGGCAAAUAAAUGCACUUGAGCAGGAGCUCGUUGUUUCCCCAGAUGUUUCACCUCGUCUCACCGCCGGUUGCUCUCAUCCUAACGAAGGUCCACCCAGAUCGGGGGGGGGGGGUUUGACUCGUCAUUAGAGGCUCUCGAUGGUUCCAAUGCGUGUCCUAGUCAGUCAGUCAACAGGGUUUCCCACUCUUCUCAUUCCGG